AUGUAUACAAGCGAACUCGCCAACAUCAACUUUCACGAAGCAAAGGCUGCAAAGAUGCGCAAUCAAAAGCACCAGUCAAAGAUCCUUUUAUCGGAUUCGACUUCAUCUACGAUUCUCGGAGCCACAUACGCAUACAAACGAUGGACAUGGGAGGCCGUCUACACGUGCGACAGCCGAAACAUCAAGCAUGUUCUCGCCUCGGGCUUUGACGAUUUCAAGCUGCCCCGUCUGCGAGUCAAUGCAAUGAUGGGCCUUCUCGGGAGCGGCAUCUUUACGUUGAACGGAUACUCGUGGUCGCAUGCUCGAGGAGUCUUGCGGCCAUGCUUUGCGAAGCAAAACAAGGAGAGCGUGGUCAACAUGCUCGAGAUGCAUUUCCAGGCCCUCCUGAGGAGGAUUCCCAACGACAGGGCCACGAUCAAUCUACAGCCACUGUUUUUCUGGCUUACCAUGGACUUUGCGACAGACUUUCUCAUGGGUCACUCAACGCGCGUGCUCGACCGUGCUUCGAGCCAUGCGAAAGAAAAGCAGUUUGUGGACGAUUACUUGACGUGCUCUACAGAGAUUGUCAGAAAGAUGCAACUGGGUCCGCUCCAGAUGUUCUCAAUCAAUUUCGCUGCCAUGAGAGCUCGAAGUCGCGUGUUCCGGUACAUUGACGAUUUCAUCAACGCCUCCUUGGACAAAAAGGACGAGAGCGAGUCUACAAACAUGGGCUGCAAUGUCCUUCAGUGCCUCUCGGCUGUGACGACGGAUCGAAAGCAGCUUAGGGAUCAGAUCCUCCACAUCUUGGUUGCGAGUCGCGAUACCACAGCCUGUUUGUUAAGCAACCUGUUUUUUGUUCUAGCCAAGAAGCCGCACAUCUACGACAAGCUGAGGAGAGAAGUAAUUGCUAUUGCAGGCGUCGAACCUGCAACCGACAGCCAGCUGAACAACAUGGAAUAUCUAAAGUGGUGUGUUCAAGAAUCUUUGCGACUCCAUCCCGUGAUUCCGACGAAUGCUCGAGAAGCAUCCAAAGAUACCGUCUUACCAUAUGGUGGAGGCGAAGACGGCAAUUCACCUCUUCUCAUCAAAAAAGGAAAUCUCGUCAUGUACAAUAUAUAUGCUAUGCAUCGAGACGCUCGAAUAUUCGGACCCGAUCCUGAAGAAUUCAUACCCGAGAGGUGGAAUGGUUUGAGGCCAGGUUGGAAUUAUCUCCCUUUCAAUGGCGGACCACGGAUCUGCAUUGGUCAAAAGUUUGCCCUUUUGGAAACGUAUUACCUCGUGUCAAGGAUGGUGCAGACGUUUGAGACCAUGAGCGCAGUUGACGAUUCGGAAUGGGUAGAGCUUUAUGCCCUUGCCACGACAUGUAAAGACGGAGUCAAAGUUAGCAUAACGAGGGCUAAUUGA